AUGUCUUCCAGCACAGACGUGCCUCAGUUAAGUCAGUACUUUUUUGACAGUAAUUAUAACCCUGGCCAGAGUUUAAUAAGCUAUACAUCAAUAUAUGGAAAUGAUACCGUUGUAUCCUUCGAUGAAGUACAAACAAUCGUUGAUAAGAAAAUCACUGAAGCUAUUAUGUUUGGUGUGAGAUGCGGGGCAGUUAUUUUAACCAUAAUAGUUAUGUGGAUGAUAUCGAAGAAAAAGAAAACUCCGAUCUUCAUAAUAAACCAAAUAUCAUUAUUCCUUAUCCUCCUACACUCCGCUCUAUAUUUCAGAUACUUGCUAUCGAAUUACUCUUCUGUCACAUAUGCCUUAACAGGAUUCCCACAAUUUAUCCAUAGAGGUGAUGUCCAUAUUUACGGUGCUGCUAGUAUUAUCCAGGUAUUGUUAGUCGCUUCCAUUGAAACUUCUUUGGUUUUCCAAGUGAAAGUUAUUUUUACUGGUGAUAAUUUCAAAAGAAUUGGGAGAGUAGUAAUGGGAAUAUCAAUAGCUUUAGGCCUAGCAACCGUUGCUAUGUAUUUCGUUGCUGCAAUUAAAGGUAUGAUUUCAACAUAUAAUAACGUUGGUGGUACACAACCAAAAUACUUCAACGUGGCUACUAUUUUAUUAGCAUCAUCGAUAAAUUUUAUGACGUUGAUUUUGGUGAUUAAAUUGAUACUUGCAAUAAGAUCGAGAAGGUUUUUAGGUCUAAAACAAUUUGAUAGUUUCCAUAUUCUAUUAAUUAUGUCAUGCCAGUCUUUACUGGCACCUUCUAUCCUUUUUAUUCUUGCCUAUAGCUUAAAUCCCAAUGAUGGUACUGACGUCCUUGUAACAGUUGCAACACUACUGGUUGUUUUAUCUCUACCAUUAUCCUCGAUGUGGGCUACUGCUGCAAACAAUGCCUCAAGACCAACAUCAGCUGGUUCAGACUACUCACCAAGCACCGGUUUUUAUGAUAAUAGUAGAUCAAGUGCUAUGUCACAGAGUUUACAUUCUGAAGGAAAGAAAUCGUUUAAAAGUCGGCUGUAUAAUUUAUAUCCUACGAGAUCUUCAGACAAAAGCUCAGAGCACACGUUUGUAGAUCAUCAAGAUUUAGAAAAGAAUGAUUUGUAUGAGCUUUCAACACCAAUUACACAAACAAAUCCCAAUGGCAUUCAAUUAUCGAACUAUAGAUCAAAGAUGGUAAAUAACGAAAUGGAUUAUCUUGCUGACAUUUAUACUCCCAAUACCGCUGCAGACGAAAAUGCAAGGAAGUUUUGGUCCGAGGGAAAUGGUGAUGAUUUUGAUUCCAUAAGUAAAGAAAGUUCUGAAUUAACGCAUGAAUUGCAUCCUGAUAUUGUUAAAAUGGCUGCAGGGAAUAACGAAGGAGAUGAUGAAUUUCUGGAAACUAAAAAAAUUACACUGAAAAAUAUAGCGCCUAAAUGA